UAGAAAAAAAAAAAGUCGCUCCAGCCAAAGGAAUUGCAUAGAACGUCAACUUAUUUCAAUUUUCAAUUCUUUUUAAGUAUUUAUUCCUCUUUCCAAACGUCAAGUUUUAUUCCUCCUCCACCUCCGCCGCCCGCCGCCGCCGCCCGCCGCCGCCAUGGGCCUCUCCUGGAGCAAAAGGCGCCGCCACGAGAAUCAGCAAGCCCCACCCCCACCACUACCACUUCCCCCACCCCCUCCCACCUUCUCCUCGUCAAACCCCCCUCCGCCACCAACUCCACCGCCCCGGGCCCCGCCCCCCAGCAGCUGCAAUCCAGCCACAACCAGCUAUGCUUUCGCGGCCAACGCCCCUCAUUCAGCCGCCCCCUAUCCCGCGCUUCUUCCGCCCCCUUACGCCCCUCCCCCGCCGCCGCCUUACAACUACAGCUACAACUUCUCCGGCUACUACUCGAGGCCCGUCCAUAUGAUGGGCCACCACAACUACCGCCCCUAUUACGUCCCCCAGAUCAGCGGCUGGGGCCCCUCCGCCGCCCCCCUCCCGCAGCUGCCGCCUCUGCAGCCCGCUCCCUAUGUGGAUCACCAGAGCGCCAAGAAGGUCAAAAACGAUGUCAAUGUUCACAAAGACACCAUUAGGCUUCAAUUGGAUGAUCUCUCUCCUGAUUGCCACUUGGUUACCUUCACUUUUGAUGCCUUGGUUGAUGGAAGAAUUACUAUCUUCUAUUUUGCCAAGGAGGGAGAGAACUGUAAAUUCUCUCCAGUUUAUCCAGAGAUCGUGCCAGUUAAAAUUCCAUUUCAGAAAGGACUAGGACAGAAAUUCUGCCAACCUUCAGGAACUGGCGUGGACUUAGGCUUCUUUGAUACCGAUGACCUGUCAAAGCCUGUUCCAGAAGAAGAUAUCUACCCUCUUGUAAUUAUAGCAGAGUCAUGUCAAGCAUCGACACCUGUGGAUGAGGGUUCAAAAGAUGAAGCAUCUCCUCAUGCUCAGAUCACUCAGGCUGUCUUACAAAAGAAGGGUGACGGGAGUUUUCAAGCGAAAGUGAUAAAGCAGAUUUUGGCAAUUGAUGGCGCACGCUAUGAGUUGCGUGAGAUUUUUGGGAUAAGUGAUUCAGGUGAAGCUUCAAUCAGCAACGUGGAAUCGGGAAAAGAAUGUAUCAUUUGUUUGACUGAGGACAAGAACACGGCUGUCUUGCCCUGUAGGCACAUGUGUUUGUGCAGCGACUGCGCCAAAGAGUUGAGGGUCCAAUCAAAUAAGUGUCCCGUAUGCCGGCAGCCCAUCGAGGAGCUUCUGGAGAUCAAGGUCGAUGAAGCAGACGAAUCUGAUUCUACUGUUGAAAGACUGCAACUUGGAGAGAAGCCAAAAGUAAAACAAUGGAUGAUGAUCGACUGAGUGAGUUACCUGACUCGUUAAUCCUCUCCAUUCGACAACCCUUCUCUCCAAACGAGCCUUCACUUUGGCUGUUGAAUCUUGAAAGUUUAUUUAUGGGGCUCUUGCACAAUGGAAAGCUGCUAUAUUCUUCCCCUCUGAUCCCAUCUUGUGAUAUUGAUUCGUGGCCCAAAAACAAGUGGAAAAGCUAGCUUUUGGUUUCGGAUAUAAAAUUCAUGGUGCACACUACUUGGUUCCACAGUGUUUGUAUUCAUGCUCAUCAAUCACAGAAUUAAACCUACGCAAUUGCUCGUUGAGAGGAAUGUGCAGUGGAAUCAACUCAAGAGUUUAUCAAUUAAAUGUUUGGAAAAGUUGGUUUUUCCGUGUGUUUACGAAUUACUGAAAACUUCAAUAUCCGAUCUACUAGCUUGAAGAUUCUCAAAAUGGUCUGGUGUAUUGUGAAGGCAGAGGGAGAGCUGAGAAAUCUAUUGAAGUUAAAAAAUUCAGGUCGUGUUUGUGGUAGUUGUUUGCUAUAUGUCCCUUCUUUGACUACUGCAACUCUUUCUUACUUUAUGACUCGUGUGGACGUGUCUCGUGAGAAAAUGUUGCAUCAAGUUUUUUGAAGCAUCCGUUAUGUUGAGAAUGUGUCGUUCCCAGAUUGGAGCUUUCAGUUUCUUCAAUUCCCGAAUGCUGAGUUCUGCGUUUCCGACUGAUGUUCUUGACAUGUUGAAGAAUUUAAUUGUUGAUAAGAAUGGUUGUAUGCCUAUCAAAGUGGCGUACGAGAUUAUUUCCCUUAGUCCCUCUCUGCUACAUCUAAAGACAGUUGAGAUUAUAUAUAAAAGCUACCCCUCAAUAUCUUCAUUGCUAAAAUUUCU